UAUAGCCCACCCUCCCUCAGAGCUCUCGCAGCAUCCAAAGCCACCCUCGCUUAGCCUCUCUACCUAUAGGCCAUUUCUCCAGCAAGCCUCUCUUUAAUCUCUCUCUGUGCGAAAGGGGGGCUUGUCUUACCCGUUAGGAAAAUGGCCAUGGCUAAGCUUGCUUGCGUUCUGCUCCUGGCUCUGCUCGGGAUUUCCAUGGUUGCGACCCAGGUCAUGGCAAAGGAAGCCCAGUACCAACUUGACAAUGCAUACGGAGGUGGAAGUCUUAAGAGCUAUCAGUGCGCGGGCCAAUGCCAGAGGCGAUGCAGCCAGACGCAGUACAGGAAGCCAUGCCUGUUCUUCUGCAACAAGUGCUGCGCCAAGUGCCUUUGCGUCCCACCAGGCUACUACGGCAACAAGCAAGUGUGCCCUUGCUACAACAACUGGAAGACUCAGCAGGGCACUCCCAAGUGCCCUUGAAGCGCUCCCGCUCAAACCCAAUUCGUCCCGAUACCAUCCACUACUAGUUUUCGCCAUCUACUAAUAGAUUCGUCCAAAAAGGUCACGACUUUAAUGACCAUUCUGUUUGUUCUUCAGGCUGAGCAAGUGUUUUUUGUGUUUUCCUUAAUCCAUGGCUUUGGCUCCAUUGGGGUUUGGAGGGAAUGGCUAUGUGAAACCUUCACCCCCUCCCCCAAGUGAGAGCUGUCCGUGUUUUCCUUAAUCUAUGCAAUGUUGACCCAUUUAAUGUAGCGGUCAAAGGGUCCUUCCCUCUGCUUUUGUCGUUGAAAUAUGGAAAUGGAAUGACCUUUCAGUUUGCUUCUGA